CUCAUUCUCAUGCUUAUUCUUCCUACUACUUUUUUAUCUUUUAUUUUCUUCCUCUAUAUCUUAUUCAAGAAGAUCAUGACCAAAGUUGAUAAAUCUCAAGUUAUAAUUCUCUCUAUUUUACUUCUUCUCCUUGUGAUGACACCCUUUUUACCUUCCUCUAUGAAGCCUAGUUAUCUUUACUUAAUCUUCAACAUCCUUAUCAUUGCACUUGGAGUUGAAGCUGGUUUUCUUUCUGUUUUCUCUGACACUUUAGAAGACAAAAAGCAACAACAUGAGAAAGAAACAUCAUCAUGUGGCAUAAACAAUGCAUGUUCUGUCUCAGAACAACAACAAAAUCAAAAGAAGGUUUUUGAAAAGUGUGUAUCUGAGAAGAUUGUUUUUGUUGAUGCUAAUAAAGUAGAUCAUAAAGUGAAAAAAUGUGCUUCAAUGCCAAGUCUUUUUUAUAUUGAAGAUCAUGAAUCAGAAGUUGAAGAGUUUGAAUUAGAAGAUGAAGUUGGUGGUGUUAAUGGACAAGAACUGUUUGCAAAAGCUGAAGCUUUUAUUGGAAAUUUCUAUAAGCAGUUGAAGAUGCAGAGAGAAGAGUCUUGGGCUUCUUAGAAAGAUUAUCUAAGACUUAAUUAGCUUUUUUGUUAAGAAUAAAUAAAUAAAUAAAUAAAUAAUUUUGUAAUGUUAUUAAAUUAGGAAUGUAUUAGUUUUGAUGAUUUUGGUUUAGGGAAAAAUUAAGAGAAACUACAAACAUAAAAGGAUAUGCAUAUUAUAAGGGGACCACUUUUUAGUAAAUGAUAGUUUAAACAUCUUAUAAAAAUAGAAAAGGAGAAGUUUAUGGUUUUUUUCA